UGAACUUUUUCAAACGCAACCUCUGGAGUCUGGACCCACCCCGCUGAGCUGCGCAUCUGAGAUAUGCGGCGGCGCGAGCCUCCGCCGCCGCCGGCCGGCGGCCCUAUGACCCGAAGAAGGAAGUUGGCGGAAUCCAAACCGCCGGCCGAAGACACCAUCAGCAACCUCCCCGACGCCGUCCUCGGCGAGAUUAUCUCGCUCCUCCCCACCAAGGACGGCGCCCGCACCCAGAUCCUCGCGUCCCGGUGGCGCCACCUGUGGCGCUCCGCCCCUCUCAACCUCGACUGCCGCGGCCUCAAGCACGGGGAUGAACUCGCUGGUGCCUUGUCACGCAUCAUUUCUUCCCACCAAGGCCCCUGCCGCCGCCUCUGCAUCCACGCCGACCUCCUUGACGCCCCAUCCACCACCGUGGACUCCUUGCUCCGGUCCGACGCUCUGGGCAACCUCCAGGAGCUUGAGUUCUCAUGCUUCGAGCAGCCGCCACCGGCGUCAAUCUUCCGAUUCUCGCUCACCCUCCGUGUUGUCACCAUCGGAUGUUGCAACCUCCCCGACAGCACCGUCCAAGGGAUUCACUUUCCCCUGCUCAAGCAGCUCGGCCUUGAAUUUGUCUGCAUCUCGGAGUGCUCGCUGCACAGCCUGAUUGCCGGCUGCCCCACGCUGGAGUCCCUUCUGAUUCACCGCAGCUUUGGCUUUCUCUGCAUCCGAAUCAACUCGCUUUCCCUUAGAAGCGUUGGUCUUGAUAGUUAUGCUGUUUCAAGAAAUAACAAAGUCCCGCUUCAGUUACAUGAACUCAUCAUCGACAAUGCUCCUUGUCUUGAAAGGCUACUCCUUCUGCAUCAGGAAACUGGUCUGGACAUAUCAGUAAUUGAGGCGCCUAAGCUGGAGACCAUAGGCUUCCUUUCUGAUGGGUAUUACGAGUGCAGUCAGGAUCAGCUGUACAGGCUCGCGUUUGGAUCCACAGUUAUUCUGGGAUUACAUGUUGAUAAUCUGGCGAUGGUGGUGCGCACGGUCAAGAUUGUAGCUGUCCGGAUGAGAAAUCUUUGUUUGGAUGCGGUUAUUGGUUUGCUGGCAUGCUUUCCAUGCUUGGAGAAGCUGUACAUUAAGGCACGUACAUCAGAGUCAAGCAACGCGUGGCGUCGUAAACACCGGAAUCUGAUCAAUUGUCUUGACAUCCGUCUGAAGACGAUAGUUCUGAAAUCAUAUCGGGGCAUCAAGUCUCAAGUUAACUUUGUUUCCUUCUUUGUAUUGAAUGCGAGAAUGCUAGAGUCCAUGACACUUCAGGUUGAAACCAGUUAUUACAAUGAUGAGUUCUUGGUAGAACAACGUAGGAAACUUCAGCUGCAGGACAGAGUUUCAAGAGGUGCUCAGUUUCAUUUUACAACUGAUAGAUGUAUCCGCACUUCCUGGGACAUCAAGCAUGUCCGUGAUUUGGAUGUAGUUGAUCCAUUUGUACGCCGGUGUUGAAAAACCUUGGUUUGGUCAAUCGAGGACUUACUCUUGCCUAUCUGCUUAUCCCAUCUUACGACGGUGUUUCUGGUUUCUUAAGUUUGUAUUGUCCUGGAACAUUAGGACAUCAAUUUAGCUAUAUAUGCUGUUUGUUUGCUAUA